AGGGACUCGACCAUUGCAGCCAGAGCUCUCGCUUCGAGAUGUGUGCCACUUCCAAGUGUAACUGUUCCGAGCUGAAGACCGACAUCCUGGGCAGGUCUGUGUCCGCCCAGAGGAGGAUGCUGGAGUCCUGGAGUUCCUUCGUCGACAGGACCUCGCACAACGAGAAUUUCAAGCGUGUUCUUGAAUCCAGCCAACCUGUGCAUUUGCUAGCUGUUGUCAUAAUCAUCUUAGCUUUCUCAACUCUAAUACCUUCAGAUCAUCACAAUUUGGAAGACCAAGGAAAGUCUACGUUCACUUUUUUCGCCUAUAUUUUAGCUACAUCUCUUCAUGCCGGAGCCCAGUUUUGGAUGACAUUCAUAUCAGGACUUAGCCUCUACUUUUCCCUUCCAAGGCAUGCGUUCGGAGAUGUUCAGAAGGUUCUAUUUCCGAGAUAUUUUACAUUUAACAGCCUCUUGAGCGCUGUUACACUUUUAACAUUUACCCACCUGCAGAGCCAUAUGGACUGGACUCUACGACAUUAUAUUCAGGUUGGAGCAUUGUUGUGUUGUUUCCUGAGUGAAGCUCUAUCCAGACUUUACAUUGCGCCUGAAGUGGUCUUGCAGAUGAAAAAAGUCAGGAAGAUAGAACUAACAGUAGAAGGAGUUGGCCAAGAAAUAGGAAGGCACAAACCUGGAGUUCUUGCCUCAUGCCCUGAAUAUAUCAGCACGUAUAGCGUAUUCAGGAAGCUACACAUGAAAAUGGCGAUAGUUAACGUUUUCACGAUGGCCUGUUCUACGGUCCAUCUUCUUUAUCUCUCUCAGUCUAUAAAGUUUGUUUGAGCUCAUCAUUCACAUAGAUUUUUUUUUUUUUUUACACUCACUGUGAGACCCGCUCAGUCGAGUAGAACUGAGUUUAUGUUGAAGUCUGAAGAAUGUUAUUCUUUCAUUAUGUUUAAAUUAAUUUAAGUAGUUUAUUUAUUAUGUAGUCAUUGCUUAGUGUCUCAAUAAUUGCAAAUCCAUGAAUAUAUUUUUGUUUCUUCUGUCCGAUUCAAAUAAUUAGUCAAAAGGAAACUUUUUUUCUUCUUAUAAAUAUGGUAUUUAUUAACCACCCAGUCUGACUGUAGAAUUAUAAUUUAAUUAUUUUUUUAAUUUUAAUUUGUUGGUUUGUAAAUAAACCAAAAUUUUAAAUGAACUGAAUUCAGCUUUGAAACAUUAUUAAGGGUUGAUUUUUGUUGUUUUUUCAAACAGUCAGACUGAGAUUAUAAUUUUUUUUUCACUUGAACAUUUUGUUUUAUUAUUUAAUUUAAUGGUUUAAAGUAGAUAAGCCAAUUUAUUUGUCUUAUGUCUUAUCAGUAUUUCUCUAUAAGUGUGAAUGAUGAGUGUUAGAAUUAAGUAAUGAGCAGAUUCCAUGACAUUAAAUAUUAAUUUUUAUUGCUACUUAAGCGAACAAGUAUAUAUUUAUUUAGAAAAUCAUUCAGCUGAGCGUAUUUUCUAUAGUUUCAUUUCUUUUGCAAGUGUAAAGAAUUUAUAUGGUUUUAUUUCUGUUGACAGCUCAUAAAAUUAUUAAUCAUACUGUUUAUUUUUAUAAGUAUUGUGAUUAAUACCUGCUCUUAAAAGUAUUAUUUAUAGUUUGUGUGAAAAUUCAUUUAUCACAGGGUAAACUAAAUUUUCAGAAUGAAGUUGUUAAUUUUUAUUUAUGAAAUUGAUUUCAUCUAGUGAUUAUUUAUUUAUUUGAUUGCACAUGCCCCUAGGACUUUUUAAAUAAAAAUCAUAUGUAAAAUGAAAUGGUAUGCAUUAAGCGUACGUAAUUUGUGAUGUACCUUCUAUUAAUACAAUUUUUGUUUUUAAUUUUAGCUAUGACAACUGUGAUUUAUAUUACAUUAAGAAACUUUUAAGAGAAUCUCAUAAGUUAUACAUGCUUUGCUUGUUUCUUAGCAAAUAUCUUGAAUUAACAUCUGUAAAAAACAGAAAAAAAUGGUUGCAUUCUCAAAAAAAAAUGGCAACUAAAAACAAUAUAUAAUAAAUCAUAAAAUGAUAUUGUUUUUCAAGGUAAAUUUUAUUCAGUCUAUGCAUUGAGGCAUGGCGAGGCUGUAUAUAAAUUAUAAAUAAAUAAAUUUAAACUUACUGA